UGUCUCUGACAAACACUGUGUGUAGAUAUGGCUGAAGCCAGUUGUCGACUGACUGAAGCUCAGUUUCUGUGCUCCAUCUGUCUGGAUGUGUUCACUGAUCCUGUCACCACACCAUGUGGACACAACUUCUGCAGAAACUGCAUCACUGAACACUGGGAUACUAAUGACCAGUACCUGUGUCCGAUGUGUAAAAAUGUUUUCAACACAAAACCUGAGCUGCACGUCAACACUUUCAUCUCUGAGAUGGUUGCUCAGUUCAGACAGUCAGCUCAACAGAAAGCCAGCAGCAGCAGCUCAGAGCAACAAGUGGCCAAACCAGGAGAAGUUCCCUGUGACGUCUGCACUGGAACCAAACUGAAGGCCCUGAAGUCCUGCCUGGUGUGUCUGGUCUCCUACUGUGAGACUCACCUGGAGCCUCAUCUGACCAUGUCAGGCCUGAAAAGACAUCAGCUGAUCGACCCUGUGGAGAACCUGGAAGGCAGGAUGUGUACGAAGCACGAUAAACCUCUGGAGCUGUUCUGUAAGACCGACCAGACAUGUGUCUGCAUGCUCUGCACUGUUUUAGACCACAAGACGCAUGAUGUUGUUUCUCUGAAAGAAGGACAUGAAGGAAAGAAGGCAGAGCUGGGGAAGACAGAGGCUGAAAUUCAGCAGAUGAUCCAGAAAAGACGACUGAAGAUUCAGGAGAUCAAACACUCAGUCGACCUCAGUGAGGAAGAUGCAGACAGAGAGAUAGCAGAAGGUGUUCAGGUCUUCACUUCUCUGAAGGAGUCUGUUGAGAGAGGCCUGAAUGAGCUCAUCAACACCAUCAAAGAGAAGCAAAAGACACAAGAGAUAUGGGCCGAAGACUUAAUUCAAGAGCUGGAACAGGAAAUCUCUGACCUGACCAAGAGGAGCAGUGAGGUGGUGCAGCUCUCACGCUCUGAAGACCACCUCCAUCUUCUUCAAAGCUUCCAGUCCAUGAAAGCUGCUCCACCCACAAAGGACUGGAUAGAGGUCUACGUCUGUCCAUCAUAUGAGGGGACUGUGGUGAGAGCUGUGGCUCAGCUGGAGGAGAAACUCAGUAGAAAGAUAAAGAAGCUUGCUGAGUCUGAGCUGAAGAGAAUCCAGCAGUAUGCAGUGGAUGUGACUCUUGAUCCUGAUACAGCACAUCCUGAACUCAUCCUGUCUGAUGAUGGGAAACAAGUGAAUCACGGUGAUGUGAGGAAGAAUCUCCCAGACAACCCAGAGAGAUUUUCUACCAGUCUUUGUCUCUUUGGAAAGCAGAGUUUCUCUUCAAGCAGAUUUUACUUUGAGCUUCAGGUUAAAGGAAAAACCGAAUGGGAUUUAGGAGUGGCCAGAGAGUCGAUCAACAGGAAGGGACUGAUCACCAUGAGCCCUGAGGAUGGUUUCUGGACUAUGUGGUUGAGGAAAGGAAAUGAAUACAAAGCUCUUGAUGAUUAUGAUGUCCGUCUCUCUCUGAAGUCUCCUCCUCAGAAGGUGGGGGUGUUUGUGGAUUAUGAGGAGGGUCUGGUCUCCUUUUAUGACGUAGAUGCUGCAGCUCUUAUUUACUCCUUUACUGGCUGCUCCUUCACUGAGAAACUCUUCCCAUUCUUCAGUCCUGGGCUUCAUGAUGGUGGUAAAAACUCUGCACCUCUGACAAUCUCUCCUGUCAAUCACACUAAGUAGACUAAUCACUUUACUGCCUACAAAAAAUAUUCAGUAUUACACAAAUAAACACCUUGUGUGGACUAUUGGCUUCUACUUGGACUCAAGAUCAAGUCAUGGUUUUGAUGAUUUCAACAUUAUCAAAAUCUGCUAAAGCGUCCUAUGACUUGGAAAUGAACUAUAUGUGUUGAUAGUCUUCCCCCUCCCAAAACAAGAAAGAGAAAAAGAGAGAGACGACAUUGGGAGAGAUGUUUUAUUUCAUGAUCAAUUUAGAUACUGUCCCACUUACAGUAUGCUUGCAUUAUUUUACGUUUAUUGAUGAAAUCAGCUGCACUUGCUAUGGGUUGUCCUAAGAAACUCCUAUAAUAUAUAAUUGCGCUGCAAUUUGGGGUCUUUGUUCUACAGAUGUGUCUGUCAAAAUUAUAUAUUUCCAAUGAUGGUAUUUCC